GUUCUGUCUGGCUGGCUUCAUCAUCGCUCGCUAUCCACCACUGUGGUCUCACUCUUUAUUAUUACAGGAGUAUUAACUACAGGAGUAUUAUUUAUUAUUAUUGGUAUGGUAUUAGUAGGUUAGGACUAUCAGCGUUGAGAGGAUAGUUAUACUUCCCUCCCUCGCUGAGCCGCUCCACCUCGCCCAAAGUUACGGGGACUCCGCCUCUCGAUAGCUUUCAUCACCAUCACCAUCACCACCAUCACCGCCGCCGCCGCCGCCGAACAACAACCCCAGUCCCUCUUUUCUGCCGUCGUCAACAAAGAGUUGCAGCGCAAUUCCCUUCAUCCCAUCCUCCCCAUCUCGCUAUCUAAUGCCCCAGUCUUCAGAACACCCCCUCCCCUCCAGUAUUCUCCGUCUUCCAGCGAACUCGACCGCUCCUCCACCCGUGAAACCACUCCCAUCGGAACCCCCGUUGGCUUUACUGCCAUCCCAAAGUCCCGUAGUACCGCUGAGCGGGAUCGAGACUUGUAUUUCUCCUGGCAUCGGAAGCCGGAAGAACAUCCAAAUACCUCUAUCUACCAAACUCGCACUUCUCUAGAACCCGAUCUUGACGACUCGUCUUUUCCGCUCUUAUCUUCCCUUCAUCCCCUCUCCCCGAGCGACGAACCAUGGAGGGCCCAACUCCCCCCAUUAAUAUCGCGUCCCGGAACACAUCGGUCUCCCCGCCUGGCCAGCAGGCUUCGAAUUUGACCUCUGCCCUACAACGAGCUUCAACAAUAGACAAGUCUGCUGGUGCCUCGAAUACCACCAUUCCCACUUCCGUCGCAUAUAAAUCAAAUGCAGCCCGCAAAGACUCGAUUGGCGCAAGUAUGGCGCAGUGGGGAAAUGGCACGAAGCCCAUCACAGUGGCUGGCUCCAACAGAGAUAAACAGCGCCGUGAGAGCUUAGCAGGUAGUUUGGUUGGAGGCAUGAGCUGGGGAGGUGUGUCCGUUGGCAGUUGGAUUCGAGAUGAUAUUCUUAUGACCGGAACGUCCCCCUUCACACUACAGUCUCCUUCAUAUCAUUCUUCAUCAUAUCUUCCGAAACUUGAAGCGAAUUUCAUGCGAGAUUUUGCGUGCUGUGGCGUUACAUUACCCUCCCUCCACGACUUGCUGCAACAUUAUGAGGAAGCUCAUGCGCAGAAGUCACCACAACCACCACAACGUACCGGGCAGACGGGACAAAUGUCCAUUGGUGACAACCGAACCGGGAUGCCGGGAGGCGUGCGAAAUCAAGGGCAACAAAAUCAGCAAUCAAAUAUUGGUAUUGGUGGUAAUCAAAACCGAGGCAUAUCGUCCCCACGGCCGAAUCAAAAUCAGCAAACAUCAAACCACAUGACCUCCCCGGCGCCACAACAUCCUCAGACACAACGUGGUGGCUUUGGAUCUCAAAACGACCUUCCCGAUCUCGAUACAGUUGAAGAUAUGGAAAUGGAUGACCCUUUGGCAGAUAAUGCUUUCCAAGAUCCACGAUCCCGAGAUAGUCCCAUGCAAGGUAGAUUUGGGCAACAAAAUCAAGGACGCCUAACGCCACUCAACCUAAGUAUGCUACAAGGACAUCAGGGCCUACGGAAUUCCCAGCCAGGCACCCCCGUUACGCCUGGGAGACCGCUUCAAAACAACCCAACCGUAUCCUCAGUCAAUACCCCUACCCUCGUCACACACCAGCUACAGCAACAACAAAAUUCCGGGUACCGUGGCACGCCAGAUUCUUCUACGCCGGGGACACCCGCCGAAAUUGACGAGUCGAUCAUUGGAGAGUUUGGAGACAUGUCGAUGUUGCAGAAUAACGCGCUAAUGGGAAGCCAGGGACAAUUUCCAGGCUAUGGAGGCGGAAAUGACAUGCUGAAUCUCUGUAUCGACGAACCAGCCAAGCGAUUGUUUAGCCCGACUGGCGGGUUCAAUCAGCAACAAAAUAUGCUCAACAGGCUAGGAAGUCAGCCGUACGGACCUAACAGCCAAAUCGCGCAACGGAUUCGAGAACAGCAGCUUCGUGCAGGUGUACCAGACACGAUUGGGCUGCUACCGAAUGAAGAACCUAAACCAUUUAGAUGCCCAGUCAUAGGUUGCGAGAAAGCAUAUAAAAACCAGAAUGGUCUAAAAUACCACAAGGCGCACGGCCACAACAACCAACAACUUCACGAUAAUGCGGACGGAACCUUCUCAAUCGUCAAUCCAGAAACAUGUACGCCUUACCCAGGGGCCCUGGGCAUGGAGAAAGAAAAGCCAUUCCGCUGCGAAGUAUGCGGUAAACGGUACAAGAACCUCAACGGCCUCAAAUACCACAGAUCACAUUCACCGCCUUGCAACCCAGAACUCCAACUCGCCGCUGGUCGUAACCUUGGCGUGGGUGGGGUAAUGCAAGGGCAAAAUAUUAACGUCGCCGGAGCUGGACUCCCUGGGAUUGGCGAGGAAGGACUGUAGCAGCAAAGACAGCCUUCCCCUCCCUACUGAAUUAAAAAAAAAAUCACAGGCAAAGUGAAAUGACGAAAAAAAGUCUCCUCCCCUCUUCUCCCACUUUCCUCACCGCGGCCACCGCUUUUUUAUUUCAUUUACAAAGGAGUUUACAUUUAUUUAUUUUAUUUAUAUUUUACCUUCUAUUAUUAUAUUCUUACCUUUUACCCUUUUUUUUUUUUUUUUUUUUUUUUUUUUUCCUUCUAACUCUGCCGCCACCGAUAUUUCGACCAGAGGGACCCGCCACGACAGCACCAGAGGGACCGACCUCCCCCUUCCCUCCCUCAUACGAUCCGACAGGAACUUCUAGUCCAACCAUUACCGGCUAAUUUUCCUCCGUUUUCCUGAAUCUUUCCUGCUCUUCUUUACAUUGUCUUACAUGCUCUACUAUUACAUCUCUUCCUCUCUCUCUGUUCUUUUUUGCCCACCUCUGCCACGGCCUAUUCACUACCCCAUCAAUCACCUUUUCCAUCUGUACAUAAUACGUACAUAGGACAUAUACUUUUCCUUCGUCCUUUUUCUUUUACAUAUCAUCUUCCCUCUAUUCAUUACAUUUUGUCUAAUGAUUUCUGGGUAGCUGGUUUGGUUGGCGAUGAGGGGGGACCGGUUUUGCGGAUUCAGGUAUUGUUUUUUUCUUGUUUCUUAAGUCUUUCUGUGUUAAAAAAAGAAAAUAAAAGAAAAUAAAAAGAAAAAAAAGGACCAUUUUUCUUCACUUCUUCUAUUCAUCAUUACUUGUAAUCCCUUUUUUUGUUUUUCAUUGUCUUUCAUUGUUAUUAUUGUUUGUUCAUCUGCUUCACAAUGUUUUGUUACUUACUAUUUAUUUAUUGUCACAGGGUGCAAUUGUUCAUUUCACAUAUUCAAAGUGAUGUUGACAGGCUGUUUUUUUUUUUUU